AGAGGUUAUAUUUUGCGACACACGAUAUUACUAACACGGUGUCAUCAACUAUUUCUACCGAGGACACGCGAACACAUGCACACAGGUGUUUCGAUACGACUUAUCGAUACGAGCACUCGUAAUUUUGGCGGCUCGUCCGAACGUCGACGUUUCAUUGAAGGUUAGGUCGAAGGAUUAACGUUUUCGAACGUAACGACGCACGCGAUCAUGGCAAAUGAAAAAGAUACUUCGAUCGACGUUAAAGAAACGAAUUCGGAGGAAAAUUGUGCGAGCCAGAAAGAAGACGCUUCGAUUACUUGCAAAGAAGAUUUAACUUCGUACUUCGAAAAUUGGGAUCACAGUGUAAACAAAGUUUACGCGUCAAAGGUACCACGAAUAUGCAAAGACGAGCCGUGUCAGCUAGGCAUCGACGAGGCCGGGCGCGGACCAGUUUUGGGACCCAUGGUUUACGGGAUCUCGUACGCGCCUUUGUCGUCGAAAGAGCUUCUAGUGGAGUUGGGUUGCGCCGAUUCCAAGAGUCUGACCGAAGAAAAAAGGGACACGAUAUUCGAUAAAAUUUGCAAGGAGCAGGAUAAAAUGGGAUGGUGCAUAGACGCGAUAUCGCCGAAUAUCAUCUCGAACAGCAUGUAUCGUCGGAGUAAAACGUCUUUGAACGAGGUGUCGAUGCUUUCCGCGAUCGAACUGACUAAAAUGGCGAUAGAAGCCGGUGUAUGGGUCUCGGAGAUCUACGUGGACACGGUAGGAAAACCGGAGAAGUACCAGGCCAGGUUGGAAGAGAUUUUUCCCGGAAUAAAAAUAACCGUCGCGAAGAAAGCCGAUUCGACGUAUCCGAUCGUGAGCGCGGCCAGUAUCUGCGCGAAAGUAUCCCGCGAUCACGCGAUACGAGCUUGGCAGUUUCGCGAAGGUUCGGUCGGUAAAGCGUACGGAAGCGGAUAUCCGAACGAUCCGGAAACAAAGAAUUGGCUGAUAGAAAACGUGGAUCCGGUGUUCGGGUUUCCUCGAAUCGUCAGAUUCAGUUGGUCAACCGCCGAGAAAAUCUUGGAGGAGAAGGCGUUGUCGGUGGAGUGGGAGGAUACGGAGGAUGCGGCAAAUCCUGGGGAGCAAAAGAUCUCGAAUUUCUUUUUCCGAUCGCCGCCGAAGAGCUAUCAGUGUCAGAAAAAGCGUGAUCGGUUCUUUACGGACAGAUGCCUGUACAAUACUUCCGUUUUAUGAUCCGUUUUAUGAAGCGGAUAUUGUCGGAGGGGAUGGACGUUCCGGAAGGAUUAGGCUUAUUUCGUAUUAUCGAGCGUCGACAUAAAUGCCGCUUUAUUAUCAGAACGUUAAGUUAAAGAUAAAAGUUGGUUCGAUUUAUGUACAUAUGUACAGAGUGCUCUUACAGUAAUACCGUACAUAAAGUACACUCGAGACGAUGCUUUCGGGCGUUCUCCAUGCAUCGUGUUUCGCCCCGUACAUCGGUAAUUAACGAUAGGAAUGUUAUCGGCGCGACCUUUGAAAUAUUCUUUGGUAAAACACACUCUACACUCACGCGUGACUGUCGGUAAUAGUAACUCUAGGAUAAGGUAUCUCUGCUCUCGAUUAAUAGCGACUAGAUUCGAUAAAAGCUACGACGAAAUUCGACAUUCUCUCACCGGGUCGAUUCUUGCUUUCUCCCACGACUGGACGAUAUAGAAACACUCGUGUACAAUUCGAUAUAAACGUGUUCGACGCACUCUCGCGCUCGCUGUUGCUUUCAUUCUUGGACAGACACUCGAGCGAUUAAUGCUUGUUCGGCAGGCGCACUAGAAAUUUCCUUACGUUUAACGCGACGAACGAGAGCAAAAAAGAAAUUUGUAAUCAGCACCGAUGGCGGAUACUUUUGCCGACGCACGGAUAUCGUAUCUUUUUCUGAAAAGUUUGCUCGUCGAAUCGCGCGAACGACCGAAUAAAAAGUUUGAUAAUAUAAUCGGGA